AUGUCCAUAGGAAUGGGAACAUCCUGAGUGAUGGCAUCAGGUGCUGCUCCCUGAGACCUGCCAGAGCUUGGGGAACGUGGAAGGGCCAUGUGGGCUGCCGGCAUCCUGGGCUGGCUGCUGUUGCUGCUGCUGCCAGUGCCCCAAGUGGCAGGGGCCCGACCCUGCAUCCCCAAGGAUUUUGGCCAUGGCUCGGUGGUCUGCGUCUGCAACGCCACGUACUGUGACACGCUGGACCCCCUGGUCGUGCCAGCCCCUGGCUCCUACGUCAAGUACGAGAGCAGCAAGGCCGGCAAGCGGCUGGAGCGGAGCGAGGGGAGAUUCCAGAGCAGUCUGCACACCCCAGGGUUGCUGCUGACUCUCAACAUCUCCACGCUGUACCAGCAAGUGAAGGGCUUCGGUGGAUCCCUCUCCGAUGCUGCUGCCAUGAACAUCCUGAAGUUGUCACAGCCGGCCCAGGACAACCUGCUGCGCUCCUACUUCUCUGAGAGUGGGAUUGAAUACAACCUCAUCCGGGUCCCCAUGGCUUGCAGCGACUUCUCUGUGCGCCCUUAUAGCUACGAUGAUGUCCCUGAUGACUACGAGCUGAAGUACUUUAGGCUGGUGGAUGAGGAUGUGAAGAUGAAGAUUCCCCUCCUGUGCCGAGCUUUGGCCAUAAGCAAGCGGCCGCUGUUGCUGUUUGCCAGCCCCUGGACUGCCCCAGCCUGGAUGAAGAGUAACGGGGAUGUCCGUGGAAAAGGGACUCUGAAGGGGAAGGCAGGAGACAAAUACCACAAGACCUGGGCUAACUACUUCAUCAAGUUCCUGGAUGAAUACGCCAAACACAACGUGACCUUCUGGGCAGUGACAGCACAGAACGAACCACUGGCGGGGCUCUUCACUCCCCCCCAGGCCCCCACCAUUGCCUUCACGGCCGCACAACAGCGGGACUUCAUCGCCCAGGACCUGGGCCCCGCGCUGGCCCGCAGCCCCCACCGCACACGGCUCCUUAUGCUGGACGACCAACGCAUCCACCUCCCGCACUGGGCCAAAGUGGUCCUGGGAAAUGCCACAGCUGCCCGUUAUGUGGCUGGCCUGGCGGUCCACUGGUACCUGGAUGCCAUCGUCCCACCCGGCUGCAGCCUGGAGGCCACCCACAAGCUCUUCCCUGACCAUUUCCUCCUCUACACGGAGGCCUGCACUGGCUUCUUCAUGUUCCGCUUCGCCGUGUCCCUGGGCUGCUGGGAGCGGGGGAACCACUACAGCUACAGCAUCCUGACGGUCAUGAACCAUUUUGUGUCUGGUUGGACCGAUUGGAACCUGGCCCUGGAUCUGGAGGGAGGCCCCAACUGGGUUAAGAACUUUGUGGACAGCCCAGUCAUUGUGGAUGGAAGCAAGGAUGUUUUCUACAAGCAGCCCAUGUUCUACCACCUGGGGCACUUCAGCAAGUUCAUCCCCGAGGGUUCCCGGCGGGUGGGGCUGCACAGAAACCGCCGCUGCCUCCUCUGCCAGCUGGAGCACGUGGCCGUUCUGCGCCCCGAUGGUGCCCUUGUCCUGGUGGUCCUCAACAGGUUUGGCUGGGAUGUGCCAUUUGGAAUCUGGGACCCUGCCAUGGGGUUCAUUGAGACUGUGGCUCCAGCCCACUCCAUCCAGACCUACCUGUGGCGCCAGCAGUAA